AUGGUGUUCCUACCUCCAACCUUUAUCACGUCUAACAGGCUCCGACUGCGCCUCCUCUGCACCUCCUCUGUGCCUCCUCUGUGCCUCCUCUGCACCUCCUCUGCACCUCCUCUGCGCCUCCUCUGCACCUCCUCUGCACCUCCUCUGCGCCUCCUCUGUGCCUCCUCUGCACCUCCUCUGCGCCUCCUCUGCACCUCCUCUGUGCCUCCUCUGUGCCUCCUCUGCACCUCCUCUGCACCUCCUCUGCACCUCCUCUGCGCCUCCUCUGUGCCUCCUCUGCACCUCCUCUGCGCCUCCUCUGCACCUCCUCUGCCAACCGCCAACUCCGCUCACACACUGUGGACUCACGGACACGAGGAGGAGAAACAGAGCGUCGUGCAGAGAACAUGGGAGUGA